GGUCGGGGCCGGGGGACUUCCGGUUCCCGGCCCAACGUCGCCGCCCUGCCGCAGCCGCCGGGGCCGCCAUGCCGAAGGGAGGAAGAAAAGGUGGCCAUAAAGGCCGGGCGAGGCAGUACACGAGUCCCGAAGAGAUCGAUGCGCAGCUCCAGGCUGAGAAACAGAAGGCCAGGGAAGAGGAGGAACAGGGAGAAGAUGGUGGCGAUGGGGCCACCGGAGACCCCAAAAAGGAGAAAAAAUCCGUAGAUUCAGAUGACAGCGAUGAAGAGGACGAGGAUUACCAGCAAAAGCGCAAAGGAGUGGAAGGAUUAAUAGAUAUAGAGAAUCCCAACCGAAUAGGCCAGACAACCAAAAAAGUAACCCAACUGGAUCUGGAUGGGCCAAAGGAGCUGUCGAGAAGAGAGCGAGAAGAAAUAGAAAAACAGAAAGCGAAAGAAAGGUACAUGAAAAUGCAUCUAGCCGGUAAAACGGAACAGGCGAAAGCAGAUCUCGCCCGGCUAGCCAUCAUUCGGAAGCAGCGGGAAGAAGCGGCCAAAAAGAAAGAGGAAGAAAGGAAAGCAAAAGAUGACGCAACCGUGUCAGGAAAGCGACUGCAGUCACUCUCCCUGAAUAAAUAAACCCGGAGCGUGUGGGAGGAGGAAAUGCCAGGGAACGGUGCCCGGGGCCCGCCGGGACCUCCGCCGUAUCGCGUACCGACCGCGCGUCGACGCCAUCCGGGGAGGGCUGCGGGCCCGUCCCCUUCCGGGAGCCACGGAGAGCGUGGCCCCUCUCAUCUUGGCACAGAAUUGCAUUUG